UAAUUUUUAUAACAUCCAAUCUUGGUGCAAACAUUUAUCGCGUUGAGAUAAAUCGUGUAUCAUAUAUCGAGAUCACAUGUUUAAAGCAAUUCUAUAUUGAGACUGUAAUCUCCUGUUUAGAGGAAUAUUACUGAAAGUAUAUUUGUUUACAUCUAGAAAUCGUUCUUUUACUCACUAAAAGAUAAGUCUGUAUUUACGUGUGCCAGGAAUAUCGCGAGAGUCCGAUUGAUAACGGAUGAUGUAGAAGCAUCGAAAAUGUUAUCAAUAAGCAACCUGCAUAUAUCUACAUACAUCUAAUACUGUAUAUAUCUAGCAGAAAAUCUAAGAAGAUGAUUUUUUAACCAUGGAGCCUAAUGAAGGACAAAAAUCUACAUCAGAAGAGCAGAACUCAACCAAACUACUGAAUAUUAAUCCAAGACUAUAUGCCGAGCCAGAAAGCCAUUUGCAGAAUCUUGGAUUUACUGUAAAUAAUGGAAAGGCUAGAUUCAAACUAGACGAGGAUGCACCUUUGUAUUGUAAAGCAGCAGUUAAAGAUGUUUGUGCUGCUGAUGAAGAUGACACAUCAUUAUCUUUUGUGGUACUAGGUAAAGAUUCAUUGGAUACUAUCCAACAAUCAUCACUUGCAUCUUAUGUUGAUAUUCAACAAAAAUGUAUGUCUGUUGACUAUAAUUCUAUGAUAGCAUCGUGGGAUUCGGUAGAAGUACAUCAAAAGUUAAAUGAGGUGUUACAAGAAAACACAAAAUUAAAGGAAACUUUGAAACAGAAUAAUAUAGCUAUGAAACAACAAUUCAACACACUAGCGACAUGGCAAGAAGAUAUUAUGAGAAUACAUCAAAAUCAUAAGAAAAAAUUUGCUGAAACUAGAGAAUUAAUAAACUACCUUAAAAAAGAAAAUACAGACCUGAAAAUGAGACUUAGCUGUGAACUAACUAGUCAUUCGGAAAUGGGAUACGAGUUUCUUGAUGCAAAUGACAAACAAGAUACAGCAACAGAGGAGAAAGAGUCUAUUCCUGAAAAUCAACUUGGUAAACAAGUUUGCCGUGAAUUAGACUCGAUAUUGAAUGAAAAUACUGACAAAGUAAAAAUACUAAAGGAAAGUGGGACUUCAGAAUCCGUUGAAAAAACUGUAGAAUCAGAAAAAGAAAAUGCUGAUAAUAAACGAUUUAUCGAAGAAGAAAGAAUCGCACUUCAGAAAGAGAGAGAAAAUCUUGAAGAAGAAAAGAAGAUGCUUGACAGUCAAAAAAAGGCCUUAGAAAUGGAAUACAAAAAUUUAAACAAUGCUAAAGAACUUCUACAGCAAGAAAAAAUCAGUUUACAGGAAGAACAAACAUCUUUGGACCAACAAAGUCAAUUGUAUGAAAUUUAUUAUAAAAAGUCUUUAGAAUCAGAAAAGGAAAAAUUUCAAACAAAAUAUGACCAGUUAAUUGCUGAAAUUGGUGUAAUGCAUGAAAGUGUACAGAAAAAAAAAGCAUGUAUAAAAGAGCUGCAGAAAGAAUUAGCACAAUAUAUGGAAGAUAAUAGUUUGCUGCGAACACAGUUAAGACUUCAUGAAGAAGAUUUUGGGCAGGAGAGAAACCUCAGGGAGAUAUUAUUACAAGAGAAAAAUGCACUAAAUGCUGAUUUACAAAAACAAAUAGAAUUUAACGAGCGGCUACAACAACAAAUUAAAUCUCUAAAUACUUCUGGAAGUCAAACAAACAUUGAACAAUUGCAGCCUCCAUUGUUAUCAUUGUCAUGUCCAAACUGUAAUCGUACAUUCCGGAAUGUACAUUUACUGGAAACUCAUGUUCAUGAUUGUUUAAGUAUAGACUAGUGCAAAAUCUUGAAAUAUAUAUUUUGUUAAAUAUGUGUAUAAUUAUAAAAAUGGAAAUAUUGAUACAUAUAAAAAUAUUUCCAUUAAUGUUAUAUUCUACGACAUCCAUUUUAUUGUAAUAGAAGUUGUAAAUAACAUGAAAUAAAAUUAUUUAAAUUUUAGUAUUAAA